GAAACACAAGCCAGAGCCAGAGAGAGAGCAGCGGGAGGAGGAGGAGUAGCUGAGCCAGAGACAGGGCAGGGAGCCAGCAAGUCAGCUCCGUGCAGAAGUCAGGAAUAUCCCAGAGCUGCAUCCACACCGUAGGGCAGCAGCUGUACCCAGCCCUCACCCUGCCCGGGUCACCAUGCCCCCUGUGCUGCACUGAGCUCUGCCAGUGCCCCCUGUCCCCUCCGCCAGUGCCCCUCACCCCCUGUACCAUGGCCCAGGAGCGGCCGGAGCCCCGGCUGUGUCACAUAGAGAAAGGGGAGCAGGGAUACGGCUUCCACCUGCACGGAGAGAAGAACAAGAUCGGGCAGUACAUCCGCAAAGUGGAGCCCGGCUCCCCGGCUGAGAUCGCCGGCCUGAAGGCUGGAGACCGGGUGCUGGAAGUCAACGGGGAGAACGUGGAAAAAGAAACUCACCACCAGGUGGUCCAGCGCAUUAAAGCCAUAGAGAAUGAGACGCGGUUACUUGUCGUUGACAGAAAGGCAGAUGAGCACCGACGCCUUUCACAGUCCAGCUCGCCUGCUGAGUCUCAGCCUAACUCCAGUGUGCCUUCCUCCCCGUCUGUGGGAAACAACAACGGCGAGGCCUGGAAACUGAAGGAGGUCACUAGCCACGAGGACCAGCUGCAGAACAACCACAGCACAGAGAACGGCAAGCAGGAUAUAAAUGGACAGCUGAAGGAGAGGUGCCCCCGUCUGUGUUACUUAAAGAAAGGACCCAACGGUUACGGGUUCAAUCUUCACAGCGAGAAAUCCCGGCCCGGCCAGUUCAUCCGCUCAGUGGAUCCGGGUUCCCCGGCAGCCAAAGCAGGUCUGAGACCGCAGGACCGCCUGGUAGAGGUAAAUAAGCAGAAUGUUGAAAACAUGAAGCACUCUGAGGUGGUGGCCAUCAUAAAAUCCAAGGAGAACGAGACGUCGUUACUGGUGGUUGACACAGAGACAGAUGAAUACUUCAAGAAGUUGGGAGUUACCCCUGCAGAAGUUCACGUAAAAGAAGGUUCAAUCACCCAGUUGCUGACUAAUGGAAUGACCAAGACACGGAUCAAUGGAGGCUCUUCCACGUCUUCAUCGCACAGCAGUCUGCAAAGUCCUGAUAAAGACUCACAGGCAGGCGACCUGAGCCGAUCGGAUCCUUUUGAAGAAAGUGGUCUGCGCCUCAGCCCUACAGCAGCCGAGGCGAAGGAGAAGGCGCGGGCUAAGCGAGCCAAUAAACGCGCUCCGCAGAUGGACUGGAGCAAGAAGCACGAAAUCUUCAGCAACUUCUGAUCUUGCCUCCCGGGACACACAAACUGUUGGGGCGAGAGCGGUAACAGGACUUAGGCCCCUCUCCCACCACCUAAACGCUGCGCAUUACCUGGAACGCAGGGGAAGGGGGGGUAUGGGGAAGAUUAAAACCAACUAAUGAGAAGAUGUCACCAAAUUAUUUGUUUAACCAUUUCAGUUAUGUGGCAUUUAAAGCUGACUUUGUCUCUUCAGUGCCAGGACCACCGUCCGUGUACUACCGGAGGGUUUAACUAGGACGGAUUCGGACUUUGCUAUGACGAGUAACAAUUUUAUUCCGCUAAUGCCCCGGAACUUUUGGAAAUAGCCGACCGGCAGCAGAUUGUGGGCAUUAUUGUCAGAAUGGGUCAUGGGCGUACUCGAUUCUUCUUAGGAGAGCCUAACAUAAGACUGGAGUGUUCUUGGAAACAGGAAGCCGCCGUAUGUAUAGGAAAAGUUGGCUGCUUCAACAGAAAGAGCAAUAUACUGUGGGAACUAAAGACAGGACAGCAUUGCAGUUCACCAUUGCAUUGCCAGUGGGGUCUCCACAGCUGCAUUGUACUCCCCCUUCCCCCCUUCCCGAUCUGUUUAUAAGGCCGCUUCCUCAUCCUGUCCUGCAGUUCCACCAUGGAUUAGGAAGUGCGGUUUCCGACCUGUUAGCCAAGCACUCAGGAGACAAAUACGACAAACCAAUAUGGCCUUUCUGCAACCUCAGAGGACCGAGUGUCCUCUUAUUUGUGGUAGCCCUCAAUUCAGGGCUCUAACUGUGUAACCUGACAGGCUAAGUACAUGUAGAUCACAAGAUAAACAUUCCAGGGAAUCUUAAACCUCAAGCUUGCAGAUAGAAGGAUUGCACAACCUCCGCCUGACGCUUGUGUGUAAUUGGCUGCAGGAGGGUAUGUGCGGCACGGUUUGGUUAACGCUUGCACUGCUAGAUUCAUCUGGCAGUGGAAAAGGGAGCGUGAUAGUGAACAGCUUCCCUGAAGCCAGAAUUCUAGGCCAUCAUUCUCAGAACUUAGUUGCUGUUGACAGCAGUUUACUGAAAGUCUCCUCUAGUGCCUUCUCUCGAACCGUCCUGUGCAUAUACAGUGCAGGGGGGGUCGGGGGAAGGAAGGGCUUGGGCCUCCUGUGGAAUAGACAAAGUAUCCCACGUCAGACCGUCCCACGGGAUCACACAUUCCUCACUGCAGCCCAAAACCGCUGGCUCACGCUACCCGGCUGAGGUACAGAUGGUUUGAGUUAAAGGAGAAAAGCGAAUUUAGACUAAAGUCAUUUAGCAAUCGGCCCUGAGCCCAGGUACAAAUGCCCCUGUGUUUGGGAUCCUCUGUCUAUCCGACUCCCCACAGUCACCCACCAUUGGGAGGGAUGUCCAGGGCCCACGGCUGGCUAUAGGGAGCUCAGAUUAACCCUUAAGGUGAUGGAGAACAGAAGCAGAUACUCAGAAAGCUGAGUAGUACAUAGAGAACCUCAAUCCUUUACUGCAAGGCUGGGACAGCAGGUGGUAAGACUGUAGUGUCAGGGUUGUAUGCCAGUAGCGGAGAGACGGAUCCACAUGGAACAUUAAAUGGCCUUCUCCGUCCCCUCUGAUUAAUAUAGUCUAGAUUAACACCAACAUAUGUCAAUAUUGAUUAUGUUAAAAAUAAUGAUCAAACGUUCAUGGUGACAUGUUGGUAAGUUUCCCUUUAAAAAAAAAUUAUAUAAGAGGCCUGAGCUUGGCCCAAGAACGCUGUUGUUUUUUUUUAAUCAUUGAGAUUAGUUAGUAGCUCGCCAAAUUAAAUAUCUUUCUUACAAUAAUCUCCAAGGAAAAAAACAAGAAAGUUUGUAAAGUUUGACUUGAUUGUAUAUUUCUGUAACCAAUGGUGCCCUCUGCUGGUGACCAUGAAAACCUGCGCGUCCAGUGUCAGCAAUUUUUCUUGUUAGAUUAUUCAGCAGUUCUUGCACAUGAUCCAUAAGAGUCUAUCAUGUGUCUAAAAUGCUGUUUGCCCUUACUCUAAUGGUCACAAGGGGCGACUGCUACGAAAUAGGGAGUUGGAAGAAAAUAUAUGAUUGACGUUUUCUGAUGAUAAUUCCGGAGAUCCAGUCAGUUCCCCGACCAUUAAGAAAUCCUGUGUACAGAUGUGUCCUCAUACGCUAUUGGCGCAGUCGCACCAAAUGUGUCUUUUUUGCUUAAAUAUGCGUCUUAGUUGCAAUGUGAUGCGGCAGUACUGUUUCACGAGAGUGCACAGAUUACCUUGAUAUGUGACACUUGUGCAGAGGAGUCUGAAUCUAUACAUGAAGUGCUACCACGCAGCGCCUGCACCUUUUUUCACGCCAAGUUCAGUUGUGCUUCAUACGCCACGUUGCACUUAUUUCAGACUUUUUCCUGUGUGGUUAAAGUCGCCGCGCGGUGUUCCUGGUACAGAUGAAUUGGUGUGUUGCUAUGUCUGCGGUGCAGAUAAGACGCAAAUUUAAAGAAAAGUCGCUAGUCUACACGGCCCUGCCGCAUGGCGUAUUGAGACUAGGUGGAUGAGGACGCAUCUGUAUAUGCAUCUAAUUGUGAACGUUUUAAACGACCCUGAAUCAGGGCUACCAGAUUUGGCUUGUCAGUCUAGACUAGCGUUUCCCAUCUCCAGUCCUCAGAGACCCCUAACAGGGCAUGUUUUACAGAUCUCCUCAGCAAGAUAAUUAGCACCAUCAGUGGUGUCAGCCAGUAAUAAAUACAUCUGUGCACCAACUAGGAGAUCUGGAAAACAUGCACUCUCAGGGGUCCCUGAGGACUGGAGUUGGGAAACACUGGUCUGAACACGAGUGAAAUAUUCAUGCUACACGGCUGCACUCCAGGUCUGCAGUUAUAACUGUGAAGUGUGCGUGUAGCCUAAUUGCUGUAAUGCAAUGCAGCAUUUGUAUCUGGGUUCCAUUAAUCUGCCCCUCACAUCCAGCCCACUAUUACGUAAUCAUUCACCCUGCUCUCAGGGUGAGGAGCUCAGUAUAAUGUGAAUGCACAAGUCGAACUGAAAGUGGUGAUAAAGGUGAAAGUUUCAGUGGUCAUAAAAGGUUUUGGAAGGUUAGGCGUUACUCUGAAUAAGUCAGCUGACCAAGUUCAGCCGUUCUAUUGGCUUACACCAGAGGUAGGAAACCUCCAGUGUUCCAGCUGAUGAAUUCAGAGCCCAGCAGGGCAUGCUGUGACUUAUAGUUCAUCAAGAACUGGAGAGCCAGUGGUGGACUAAGCCCGUUCUAUGCCCUUAAUCGCUCUUAGGUUACAUUGGUUGUGAUUCAGAGGUGGAUGCAGUGCUGAUGAUUGCGCAGUUUGCCGGUGCUUUUUGGACCACGCAUUGGUCGGAGUUCCGAUGGACAUUCUGAGCUUCCAUAGGGGUUGAGGAGAAGUUCAAUGGCGCUGUGUCUUUGCGAACAGACAGUGGGUGACUCUGUACAAAAUACAGCGGCUGCGGCAUUAUUAUAACACCUAGUACCACUGUGUACAAAGACGCAGUCGCCAUGAUAAUGGCAUCCACCUCUGUAAAAAGGGCCAUUGGGGUCACAUAAUUGAAAUGCAGGAUUUUGGCACGCGCUGGGCCUUUGAAUGGAAAUAUAUGUAUAUGUAGUAUGUGGACUAGGUUGCGGCAAUGACAUAUUAUGCAAAUGAAGUGAUACAUGAAUGAGGUUGCUGCCUGAGCAGAAUUACAGCAAGCUAGGUAUAGAUCAUGAUUUUAUUUUGAACCAAUGAACAGAUUUUUUUUUUUUUUUUUUAAUUCAAAUAAAUGAGCAGAGAAAUUUCUCACAUGUGAUAAAUUCUGACCACUAGGGCUGGACUAUGCCUGACAUCAGGUGACGUCACGGAGGACAACACUGUGCUCUGCUGCGCUGCCCUCUGGUGGUAGGAUUACAGGUCAGGGGGUGGAUGGACACAUGGAUGAGAAGGUGGACCUCUGACUGCACAUAGCCAUUAAGCUGCCUAUAUGUAGCUCUGUUUGGAAUCAUAUUUUUGUACUUUUAAACCUGUAGGUAUAUAAGGCACAUAUCUGAUAACAUUAAUCUAUAACACACAAAGGUAUACAUUGUAAACUACUAUGUGCAUAAUAAAGGAUUUCCCAAGUA